CAUUUUCAGAUCAACAAUACCGCCCAGUUACUGCUGGCUGAGGACAUCUGUCAUAUUUCGAAAGAUGACCAGAUCUGGAGAACAUGCCGAUCCAUGAUAGACCGAGCAGUUCACAGUUCAACAAAGAUGUACUUCUUGCAAGCAUACGCCAUGGAUCAGCAUUUUGCGCAUAAGGUUCUUUUCAUGGCGCCGAACAUUGGAACGCUGAUGGUGCUAAUCAAAAAGAUGGGUCUUGUAUGA